GCUUUUUUUUUUUUAUUUCUUGUUAAAUCUUUUUUUUUUUUCAUUAAACUUUCUUCUUUCUUCUUAUUAAAAUAAUUAUUAUAGAAAAACCAAAAAUGUUACAAACACCACCUGCUGCAACAAUGACGGAUGUCAAAGUAGCUACAAAUAACACGCAUUGGCAUCAAGAUAUGAAAAAAAAGGAGGAAUUGCGUAUCAGUCAUCGACUCUCCAGUCCACUUUCUAUCGCCUCUCCCGUAUCACCUCAACCUUUAUUUAAUUCAGUCCGUAACCGUUCCUUUUCUUCUUCACAACACAGUCUUCAAUCCACCGUUAGUGAUCCACUACUAGACCAUUCUCACUUAAAACCCGGUCAAAAUGCAUCUUUACUUUCUUACAGCACCACCAUCAACAUGUAUCGAGAAAAUGCCAAAAAGACCAACAAUAUGGAAAUUCAAUGUGAUUUUGCCAUCUUUUUAGUGGAAGCUUCUAAACGAUUAGCACAGCAACAACAGCAGGAAGGUGGAGACAUCAAUGCAUCAAAUCAACAGAGAGCCUACAUGUUGGAAGCUGAAAAAUCCUUAAAGCAAAUCGCAAUGCGUGGUCAUAGUGAAUCUCAGUACUACCUUGCCAAUAUGUAUGCAGCCGGUCUAUUGAAUAAAACCGGUAAAGCUGAUUUUGACAAAUCUUUUCCUUUAUUUGUACAAUCAGCCAAACAUCAUCAUCCUGAUGCAGCCUAUAGAACUGCGAAAUGUUAUGAAGAUGGUCUCGGCACAAGAAAAGACAAGGCCAAAGCAGUUCAAUACUACAGGAAAGCAGCCACCCUGAAUCAUCCUGGCGCAAUGUAUCGGCUUGGCUUGGCAGAAAUGAAGGGUGAAUUAAACCGGUCUAGAAACAUACGUGAUGGUCAUAAAUGGUUAAAAAGAUCGGCUGAAGCAGCUACAGUUCAAUACCCACAUGCUUUACAUGAACUCGCUAGACUCCAUGAAAUUGGCCUUGAAUCCAUUCUCUUUAUCGAUCUUAAAUAUGCCGUCAGUCUGUACCAUGAAGCAGCCAGUUUGGGUUAUGCCCCCUCUGCGCAUCGUCUCGGCGAAUGUUAUGAAUUUGGAAAACUUGACUGUACAUCGGAUCCUGGUUUAUCCAUCCACUAUUAUAGUAUCGCUGCAGAACAACAGCAUCCUGAAUCGUGUUUCGCUUUGACAGCUUGGUACUUGGUAGGGAUCCCUCAUAUCUUGCCUCCUUCUGAUGAACAGGCCUAUGCAUGGGCCAUGUGUGCUGCCCGUUCUCAAUUACCCAGAGCAGAGUAUGCCGUAGGCUACUUUACUGAAAUGGGUAUCGGUACUACUAAAGAUGAACACGCUGCUAUGCAAUGGUAUGAAAAGGCUGCUCACCAUGGUGAAAAGAGAGCCAUCCAAAGACUGAAACCAAUGGCACGUCCCACUGUCAAUACAGCUAGUAAAAGACUGAGCUUCUUGUCUCAUACUAGUAAAAAGGAGGAGCCUACUAAUUUCAUUAAAAGGGCCACCUCCUUCUUGAGAAAACCAACUUCACCUUAAAUCCUCUAUCCUCUAUCACUAUAGAAUACCCUUUUUUUUUUUUUUCUUUCUUAUUAAAAAAAAACUAAUAAAAAAAAAUCAUUGUCCCGUG